AAACACAGACAAACGACAGUGUUAUCACGUUUUGCUUAUUGGCACCCCAUCACUCGCCCGGGUCACGCUGUCUCUUUCUCUCCAUCUUGUUUUCCCCAAAAUUUCGAAAACCCCCAUAUCUCUCUCUCUCUCUAUUCGAGAUCCUCGCCAUCAAAAUCAUUCAGUUAGCCUCCGGUACUGGAAAAUCGCUUCUCCGUCCGAUUACAAGAUCGCGUCGGAAUGAGUAACGGAGGAGAGCUACUUCAAAUCGACCCUGUGGAGCUUCAAUUCCCCUUUGAAUUGAAGAAGCAGAUCUCAUGCUCCAUGCAGUUGACUAACAAGUCCGAUGAUUUUGUUGCUUUCAAGGUGAAGACGACGAAUCCGAAGAAGUAUUGUGUAAGGCCCAACACUGGAAUUGUCAUGCCUCACUCUUCCAGCGAUAUCAUAGUUACAAUGCAAGCGCAGAAGGAGACUCCACCAGACAUGCAAUGUAAAGAUAAAUUCCUGCUUCAAAGUGUUGUUGCAAGCCCUGGCGCUACUGCAAAGGACAUUACUCCCGAGAUGUUCAAUAAGGAGUUGGGGAAUUAUGUGGAGGACUGCAAGUUGAAAGUGGUUUAUGUUCCACCUCAAGUGCCAUCGCCUGUGAGGGAGGGGUCUGAGGAAGGUUCCUCUCCUAGGGCUACAGUAUCUGAAAAUGGAGCUGUAAAUACAUCCGAGUUUAAUAAUAUUUCAAGGGCAUAUAAUGAGCAGCAAGACAGCUCGUCGGAGACAAAGGCACUAAUUUCGAAGCUGACAGAGGAGAAAAUUUCUGUUAUGCAGCAAAAUUACAAGCUUCAGCAAGAAUUGGAGCUCUUGCGACAGGAACGUAACAGAAGUCGUGGUGGUAUCCCAACUAUAUAUGUUCUCAUCAUUGCAUUGCUGGGAAUCCUUCUGGGCUAUCUUCUCAAAAAGACGUAAUCCUUAGACAUUCCUGCUAUAUUCUCAAUGCUUCAGCUGUUUGAAAAAUUUCAGAAGCUUAAGUCAAUUAGUUGUCUGGUUGACUUAAAUGUGUACAAGUUAGUUUCAUUGGUUUUGUAAUGGCCUUGAUCAUCAUAUGACCAACUGGUUUGACAUCCUCCUCUUGGCAACUCGAGUAGACAAGAUUAGUUUAUUUAUCAAGUGUAUUUCUUAAGUUAUGAAUACAACCAGGUGUUAGACUAUACUGAUUAGUCAUUGUAGUAGAGAGAUCUUAUUGGCAUGAAGAGUUACUUGGAUUCACUUUCAA